GUGCUGGGCGGGAAGGGAAGUCGUGGCGGCGGUGGUGGUGGCUGCAGGGACAGCAGCGGCGGCGCUGGUAGGGACAGCAGGAGCGGCGGUGCUGUCAGUUAGGCCGUCGGAGAAAUGGGAGACCCAGGGUCGGAGAUAAUAGAAUCUGUCCUUCCAGCUGAGCCUGAGGCAUCUGAGUCAACAGCGGAUGAAAAUGAAGAUGAUAUUCAGUUUGUUAGUGAAGGACCGUUAAGACCUGUUCUUGAAUACAUUGACCUGGUCAGCAGUGACGAUGAAGAGCCUAGCACUUCUCAUAGUGAUGAGAAUGUUAAGCAUAAAGAUUAUAUUGAAAAUCAACAGGAUAAAGUUGCCUUAACGCUGGCUCGUCUAGCCCGCCACGUCGAAGUGGAGAAACAGCAGAAAGAAGAGAAGAAUAGAGCAUUCCGGGAAAAAAUUGAUUUUCAGCACGCUCAUGGGUUACAAGAAUUGGAAUUUAUUCGAGGACAUUCUGAUACAGAAGCAGCAAGACUGUGUGUGGACCAGUGGCUAAAAAUGCCAGGACUCAAAACAGGCACAAUUAAUUCUGGAACCAAAAGUUCAUUCCGAAGAGGAGGCCAAAUGCGAGUGUCUGGGAAACCAAUUUCAUGUCCCAUAAUGCAUUGCAACAAGGAGUUUGACAAUGGGCACCUUCUCUUAGGACAUUUGAAAAGGUUUGAUCACUCUCCGUGUGAUCCAACAAUUACACUACAUGGACCUUUCACCAAUUCGUUUGCUUGUGUAGUAUGUUAUAAAAAAUUUGUUACUCAACAGCAAUAUAGGGAUCACCUUUUUGCUAAGGAAGCUGCAAAUGAUGGACAUAAAAACAACCUUCUUCCUCAGAUUAUUCAGUGUUUUGCGUGUCCAAAUUGCUUCCUUCUUUUUAGCAGCAAGGAUGAGUGUUUGAAGCAUAUGUCUGGAAAGAAUCAUUUCCUUCAGAGUUUUAAACUGGGUGAUGACAAGGGAAUAGCACAUCCAAUAUCAUUUCCAUCUUUGGCAAAGAAACUUUUGAUCGAUCUCUGCAAAGAUGUUCCAUUUCAAGUCAAGUGUGUGGCCUGCCGCCAGACACUUCGUUCCCACAUGGAGCUCACUGCCCAUUUCAGAGUUCGUUGUCGAAAUGCUGGUCCUGUAGCUGUAGCUGAGAAGAGUAUUGCCCAGGUUGCAGAGAAAUUCGUAUUAAGAGGUUAUUGUCCAAAUUGCAACCAAGUCUUUGUGGAUGAAGCUAGUACCCGGAAUCACAAGCAGAAUUCAGGACACAAAGUACAAAUCAUUACCUCAAUGGAAGAAUCAGUUUUACUUUAUUGCCACAGCAAUCAAGGAAACAAACCUCCUUCGGACUUGCAUCUAUUGUUAGAUAAAUCAAAAUUUUCAUCACUUAAAAGAACUAUGUCUAUUAAAGAAUCUAGCACACAAGAUUACAACACCAUUCCAAAAAAGAAGAUGAAUUUAGAGAAUGAAAGCUGUGGCGCUGUGGUUUGUGUCCAGAGAGACAAGUCAACAAUUAAAACCUGGUUUUGUGAAUGCCAUCAACGAUUCCCAAGUGAAGAUGCAGUAGAAAAGCAUGUUUUCUCAGCAAACACAAUGUGUUACAAGUGUAUGGUCUGUGGAAAGGUAUGUGAAGAUUCAGGGGUUAUCCGUUUACACAUGAGUCGGAUUCAUGGAGGAGCACAUUUAAAUAACUUUCUUUUCUGGUGUCGGACAUGCAAAAAGGAGUUAAUAAGAAAAGAGACUAUCAUGGCACAUGUAACUGAAUUUCAUAAUGGACACAGAUAUUUUUAUGAGACGGAAGAGGUAGAAGGUGAAACUUUGCCGUUAUCCUCUACAACACUGGGGACUAACUCUACUAAGAAACCUUCUUCAACUAUUACUAUUAUUGAUCAUUCCCCAGCAAGCAACCCUCCAAGGGGCAAAUGGCAAUGCCGGAUUUGUGAAGAUAUGUUUGAUUCCCAGGAAUGUGUCAAACAGCACUGCAUGUCUUUGGCAAGUCACCAAUUUCAUAGAUACAGCUGUGCCCGUUGCAAAAAGACUUUUCACAAGAUAGAAACAUUAUACCGACAUUGCCAAGAUGAGCAUGACAAUGAGAUAAAGAUUAAAUACUUCUGUGGGCUUUGUGAUCUUGUCUUUAAUGUGGAAGAAGCAUUCUUGAUUCAUUAUAAGGAGCGCCAUAGCAUUGAUUAUGUGUUUGUGUCAGAAAAAAUUGAAACUUCAAUUAAAACUGAGGAUGAUUUUCCAGUUUUAGAAACCAGCAACCUGUUAACCUGUGGUUGCCGGGAGAGUUACAUCUGUAAAAUCAACAGAAAGGAAGAUUAUAGUAGAUGUCUCCAAAUCAUGCUCGAUAAAGGUAAACUGUGGUAUCGCUGCAAUUUGUGUUCUGUAACAGCACAGAAUUUAGCAGACAUGAAAACUCACAUCCAUCAAGUGCACAGAGAAGAAAAGAAGGAUGAGGAGGAACAGCACUAUGUAAUCAAGUGUGGCACCUGCACCAAAGCAUUUCAUGAUCCUGAGAGUGCUCAGCAGCACUUCCAUAGAAAACAUUGCUUCUUACAGAAACCCAGUGUGGCUAAUUUUGGAUCUGAAAAAGGAAGUCUGUACAAAUUUACUGCCAGUGCCUCUCCUACAGAAAGAAAACUGAAACAGGCAGUAAGCUAUCCAAAAAAUUCAGACGUGGAGAAAGGAGCUGAGAAUGACCUAAGCUGUCAGAAUAUAGAUGAAGAAGCUGUUGAGCUUCCAGAUUUGGAUUACCUGCGAACCAUGACUCAUAUAGUCUUUGUAGAUUUUGAUAACUGGUCAAACUUUUUUGGCCAUCUACCAGGACAUCUAAACCAAGGAACGUUUAUUUGGGGCUUUCAAGGAGGAAACACUAAUUGGAAACCUCCACUCAACUGUAAGAUCUUUAACUACCUGAACAGAAUUGGAUGCUUCUUCCUUCAUCCUCGCUGUAGUAAAAGAAAAGAUGCUGCUGAUUUUGCCAUAUGUAUGCAUGCUGGCCGUCUAGAUGAACAACUACCCAAGCAAAUUCCUUUUACCAUCCUCUCAGGAGAUCAAGGUUUUCUGGAGCUUGAGAAUCAAUUUAAGAAGACUCAGAGGCCAGCUCACAUACUAAACCCUCACCACUUAGAGGGAGAUAUGAUGUGUGCCUUGUUAAAUAGCAUAUCUGAUACCACCAAAGAAUCUGACAGUGAUGAUAACCUGGGUAUAAAAAGUACCUCAAUAGGAGAAGAAUUCAGAUCCACAGAAGGGGAAGAAACUGAGGCUCAGAGAGAAUCAGUAACUUUCUCAAAGCAACACAGCUAAUGUGGAAUUAGAAGAAGCUAUUAGAAGAAGUCUUGAGGAUAUGUAAUUAAAGAUAUUACCACACAACAUCAAGUGGCCUUGAAGAGACUCUCAGGAUGAGUUCUAGAGUUUGUUUUCUAAAGGACACCAGAAAUCUACUAGCACAAAUAUAUUUGAAAACACGCUUUUGCAUUGACGUGUUCAGAGUCUGAUAAUUUGCUUUGUGUUUUUGUGCAAAGAUGUUCAGAAGGAAUAGAAUAUAUAUUAAUACAAAUAUAAAUCAUGUAUUCUAAUGUAGGUUUCUCAGUUAACUUUGAAUGCAUAUACUUAGAUUAAAAGGAUUUUUUUAAAAAUAGAAAAACUCUUGCCUAUUGUUUAUAUGUUUCUCAAAUAUUAUGUGUUCUUUAAUUUUAUUUGUACUGUACAGAUGAUUCUGAUUUAUUUUUUUAGGAGUGAAAAUGAAUAUAAAUAAAGCUGCUCAGUUUUUCUAUAAAUCUUACUUCUCAUGUGGCAUUGAUAUAUAAUACCUUUGAGAUCUUUGUUUAUAAUUAUUAGACCAGAGUAAUGGAAAUUGAUCAUGGAAAUAGAUUAAAAUUUUUACCAGCAGUGUUCCUUAUGGGUUUUGCUUAAAUGUAUAUCCCUGCUUUAAUUGGAGAAGUACAUUGCUAGAAGAGAAAAAAAUCCUAAUUUUUUUGAAAUAAUUAAAAGGAAACAGUUUCCAUUCCUUUUACCUGCUUAGAUUUUUAUAUGACUUGUAUGAUCUAUUAUUAUUUAAGGGGAAUGAAGCUAAAAUAUUUGCGUAGAGUCAAAUUUAUUUUUAAUAAUCUUAGUCCUUUUUUUAUAUAUUUGUGUAAACAUAAUAUUCUUCAAAAACUAGUAUAAGGUCUACUCAGGAAUAUUCUUCCUUAACUAUUUAAAAAAAUUAUUUCUUAUGGAAAUAUCUUCAUUUUAAUUAUUCAUUGAAUUGUCAAUUUCCUCCAUUUGGAUUACAUAUUUAAUUUUUAAAUGUUAAGGCCCCAUUGUGAAUAGUAAAAAAUAAGUAGCAAACUAAGAAGAGCUCAUCAUACUGUCUUUGUGUAUGUAUUUCAUGUCAUUUGACCAGAAAUAUCUUAUCCCUAAAAAAAUUGAGUAGUAAUUACUUACCAAACUUAAAAACGUUUCUGUAAACAUAAAGUUUUCUUUAAGACAAAAAAUACCAUGGUUAGAAUUUUGUUCUUUCUCUGCAACACUGGAUAUUUUAUUGUAAAAUGGAAUUACUGUUUUUUUAUUAACAGUCUUUUCAACCCGCACUGAAAACCAAAUUGUAUUUUUAUUUCUUAAGAUGUCAGUUCUGUUCCUGCUUGCAUUUUUUUAAAGAAGACACCACACCUUGAGAAUUUACCAGUCAUCAUUCCAAAACGACCACAUUAUGCUUUCAAUUUGUAGGCUAAAGUGGUCAAGCAGGGCUUUAGGGAGGUGCUCAUUAUGCUGGACUUUAAAGAUACCUGCAAGAGCUUUCUAAAUAGGAGCAGAAAGAAUAGUCCAGGAAGAAGAGUGGUUACGCAGAUGUGGGGCAAGUGGAGACAGAAGCUCUUUGUUGGGGUUCCAAACAUGGGCGUGAUAUACACUGAUGCUCCAUUAAUAAGCUUUUGUGGUUUGUAUGGUAGAGAGUAAUCGAAACUUUUGAAGUGAUGGGAAAGGGAUAUUUAAUCACGACCUUUAAGAAGAGGUAAUUAGGUUGUUUAAUGUUUUACUUAAUAAUUGUCACCAAUUGUAUUUCUACCUUGUAAAGCAAUUAAAAGCCAUUUAAAAGUAUUUCAUAGUUGAAUUUAAUUUAGACACAAGGAGAAGAUGUAAUCAAGUGGAUGACAUUAGAGAAAGUUAUUAUGGAUUAUUUAAUUAUCAAAAGUAAGUUGCUUUUCAUUACAUUAUUCAUUCAUUCAAAAAAGUAUUAUUGACUACCUACCAUGUACCAACAAACUGUUGGAAGUACUUGGAAUGCACCAGUUAGCAAAACAAAGCC